AUGAACCACGGCGUACACGAGGAAGCGGAAGACAAAGGCACGCGCGACGUACCUGAGUUUGUCAACAUCUUCAAGGACGACACGCACGCCUGGCCGGCCGUCGCGCGCCGCAUGUAUCCCUCCGCCGUCAACGCGCCGAUGGAGUCCAUCGUCACGCCGUUUGUGAAGAACUCGCUCGCGAUCAGCAACCACCUCAUCGGCGUCCUCACCGACACGCUCGGACUCCCUGCAGGCUCGCUCGCGUCUCUGCACAAGGUCGAGGGGUUCAGCGGAUGCACGGCACGGUUCAUCAGAGCGCCGUCGUAUCCUGGGCCGGAGGCGAAGACCUUGCUGACGGUGCACAUUGACUUUGGGUCCUUGUCGUCCGUCGCUCAGCCUCUGCCCGGAUACGCAAUCUGCAACAUCAGCGACGCCCUCGACAUCUUCUCUGGCGGCAUCCUCCCGCCUCCGCGGGAGCAAGCCCAGUACCAUCCACCCGAACGACGACGCCGUCGAGCUGCGUGCACUGUCCGCGGAGAGCGAGCGCAUCUCUGCGGCAGUCGCCAACGCACCACCGAGGAAGUACACCCCGGCGUGACGGUGAUGGAGUGGGCUAUUGAGGAAGGUCAAGUAGCAGCGGAUGACAAAAUACAAGCCGGCGGGAAAACGACCGAGUUCCUCAACGUCGCCGCGGAGGACGCGCUUGUGUCCUAUGGUCGCGCGCCAUAUGCCUACCCUGCCCCGGUGAACGUGCGCAUGGGCGACGCGGUGGGUCCCUUCGUCCGGCGCGCGAUCGAGGUGAACGGGACGAUGCUCGCGAUUCUCAACGAGAAGCUCAGGCUGCCGCGCACCGCAUGGAUGCAUCGGAAGGAGGAGUGGAGCGGGAGCGAGGUGCGGGUCACGCGGAGCCGGCCGCGCGGGCCGUCCGAGGGCACCGACGAAGCCAAGGCGACGCUCAUUGCUCAUACCUACUUUGGCAACCUGUCGUUCUUGCGCGACUGUUUUGGGGGGCUGCCGGCACGCGGACGUGGCGGUAUGGCAAGACCUCCUCCUGGAGAACAGCUGGCGCUGUACGAGCGAUACUCCCUCGUCUACUCCACUCGACCCGGAAACAGCGUCCAGAUGGCUGCGCUCGCAGAUCAACGCGCGAUCAUCGGCGAUACGGUCGCCCACAUCGCACCGAACCUGCGCGAGAUCUUCGACCUCGCAUGGACCUCUCACGAGUGGCUCACGCGCCAGAUGAAGAGCAUGCCCAUCAACAACCAGAAGCACAGUGUAGCACUCAGUCGUCGUCGUCUCAUGUCAUCAUCUUUCAGCCGUGAGCCGUUGCACUCGACGAUCGGCAUGACCUAA